AUGAGAAGGAUGCCAUUUUUAACAAGAAUUUAUCAGGCAUUUAAAGAAUUAAUAGCAACAGAAGUAGUUGAAAUAGAAGAAGCUACAACAAUUUACAAUAGCAACGACAAUUUCAUAUCAGAUAAAACCAGAUUCCAAAAGAUCAGUAACGAAAUUAAAAUACCCUGUGAAUUUUGCGGUGACUUGUAUGAAUUUGAAGACAUAGUACAACAUCAGUCUGGCUGUGGAGCAGCUCCUUUGCCAUACGAUAAAAAUUUUGAUUGUUCUGUCAAUAAAAAUUCGUUUCUAUCACCUGACAAGUUCAACGAUUUUCAACAGCAGCGAACAUGGACCAUAAUUACCGAACCUCUUCAAAACCAAGUACCUCAAAAGGCUCUAUCUUUAGAACAAACAAUUGAGACAAUUGCAGAGUGUAUCACUUCUUUACCGUGCGAAUUUUGUCGGGUUAAAAUGUCACCGACCUGUUUAGAUAUCCACGAAGUGUUUUGUGAUCAAAAUCCAAGAAAUCAACAGCGUAACGCAGUAAUGACAGAAAGUAAGUUAUAGCAUCAAUUUCUUUUUAAUCAUGUGUGACUUUUAAUUUAACUCCGAAACAUGGUUCCGUCACGACUCUACUUCACUAAAUAUAACAGACUGGAUUAUUCUUAGUUUUGGAACCUGAUAAGACGAAUGACAAUGAAUUAAUUAAACUGAAGAUAGAAAUUCAAAAAUUAGAAGAAUAUUAUCAAUGCGGAAUCUGUUUGGAUCGAGAGCGUACGGUAGCGUUUUCUCCAUGUGGGCAUGGAACAUGUCAAAUAUGUUCAGAACAUUUAGAAACGUGUCACAUGUGUAGAGCUACAAUAACAGAGAAAAUUAAUUUAUUUUAACUCUGUUAUUCUUGAAACACAUUGCGUAUGAUGUUAAACAUGUACUAUUUUUAGUAAGCAAGAUAUUUCGUAACAAAAUGAAGAAUUAUCAACACCGUCUUAAACAUAACUCUGUUUUAUUGAUUGACGUUUCGUUAACUACUGUUAACUUCUUCAGAAACAUAGACAAACUAAAUAGUGAAACUAUAUCUAUAAGUAGAGAAUACGAACAAACACACGUGUUCGUGAGAAAGAGAAGGAAGAAACGUUUUCUUUCUUAAAUCGACAAAUUUCAUGUUGCAAUCAAAAAUUCCCUUGCAGAACACCUAAAUACAUUCAAAUUGUAACUUGCUUGAGAAUAAACCUUUUCUUUCUUUAUUCUUUGAGAAAAAGUUCAUUAGCAGAGUUUCUUUGACUACUCUUUUUAUAUUAUUUGACUCAACUGCUACAUUAUUAGUAUUCCAAUUGUUCUGAUGAUAUUUUGUGUUAUGUACUGUAACCUUCUUUUUCAAUAAAACGUCAGAAACAAUCUCGAUAUUUAUCACAUUCUAAAUCUGUUUUUCAAGGAAUUGGAAUCAAAAAGCCCACAAAGGUCUAUCCAACAUUUUUUUUUCUCUGUGCAGGAUAAAAACAAAACAGAAAGGAAUGAACGAAUGUAUGGCCUAACAGACGAUGACCCAUGCAAUCAGAGGUAGAUUGUGGAUCGAGUGAUGCAUUGGGGUGGGACUAGAUUUACAGAGCUCUUCGUUAACUUAUUAUAGUUAUUCUCAAAAGAUUUCAAAACGUCGUUUCAAAUGUUUUCGGAUAAAAACGAAUUAGAAAUUUAGGCUACUUCAUCUGUUGCUUUUCAAAUAUGUCAUAUAUAAUGCGGUUGGCUUACGUAUAAUAGCAUCGGAUACCUAAUACACAAAGAAGGAAAGAAUAAAUAUAAUAUAAAAUAGGUGGUUAAAUUUAAUCUUCUCUCUCUAUCAAACAUGAAUAAAAAGGCUCUGCGUUUACCGGUGAUCACAUCGUUAGAUAAGGUACACAAAGAGUAAAUAAAUAGAAACAGU